UGUAUUACAUAUUCUGCUAGACUUACAGUGUUCUUUGUUGUUGCUGUGGCUGCAAUUAGCAUCUGCACAAAAACCGAUCAUUGCUUCCGGGGUAAUAGCAAAGCCUGGUUGCCAAGACCGGUGUGGGAACGUCAGCAUACCCUACCCAUUCGGUAUCGGAGAGGGUUGUUUCGUAAACGAAUACUUCGAAAUCACGUCAUGCAACGGAAGUGUGCCGAUGAGGAAUUCUGUAAGAAUCUCAAACAUAUCGGUACUCGAUGGUCAGACGACAGUCGAUAACCCUGUGACCAGCAUGUGUACUCAAGAGUUUGAUACAUCGAUCCACAGCGAAAAAACAUCGAUUGGUACCGGAAAAUUCACUGUGUCUACUACAAAAAACAAAUUGAUAUCUAUCGGUUGUAACAGCAGGGCAUAUAUAUAUGGUUAUCCAUCUAUUGGUCUGCAGGAGUGUUCAGACUGUAGAAGAAAUGAAGAUAUCACUGAUGGGUCUUGCAAUGGUAUGGGUUGUUGUAAAACCUCAAUCCCGCAUGGACUUACGGAUACUAAUGUGUCACUUGAAAGACGCACUCCGAAGUAUUUGACGAGUUUUAAUCCAUGUAGUUAUGCUUUUCUAGCUGAAGAAAGUUCGUUUAGCUUUUCCUCAUCGUAUCUCAAAAAUUUCAAAAACAAUGGAUCUGGAACUGUCCCGGUGGUGCUUGAUUGGGCUAUUGGUUACGAGACUUGCGAUGUAGCACAAGGAAAUAUGACGAGCUAUGCAUGUGGAACUAACGCUAUCUGUAAAUCAGGGAAUAAUAUUGCUGCAGGUUAUCUCUGUAGUUGUAGACCGGGCUAUGCAGGAAAUCCUUAUCUUAACAGUAGCAGUGGUGGACAUUGCCAGGAUAUUGAUGAAUGCAAGGAUGAGAAACUAUAUGACAGUCGAUGUGCAAGACCGGGAAAUGUUUGCAAAAAUACAGAAGGCGGGUACAAGUGUCCUUGCAAACAGGGAUACGAUACGGUAAAUUCUGAUUUUGAAAUAUACCAAGGAAAUGACAACAUCUUGAUCUCCGAUUGCAGACGAAGAAACUCUAGAAAGAUUGUUUUAAGUGUUAGCUUAGGAUUAAUUCUUCUUGUUGUGUGUCUUGUGGUUGGGGUUUGGUUGUACUGGGGAUAUAGCAAAAGAAAGCACAUGCAGGUUAAGGAGGUAUUCUUCAAGCAAAAUGGCGGUUUGAUUUUAAAUCGGCUCCUAGAUGAACGAGAAGAAGAUAUCGAGUCUAGUAGAAAUGGAAGAGGAGGAAAAAAGCAUCGAUCAAUUGCUACAAUUUACAGCGAGAAGGAGCUAAGCAAGGCGACUAAUAACUAUCACGAAAGUCACAUUCUUGGACUGGGAGGGUUUGGCACGGUGUAUAAAGGCAUCUUAUCAGACGGAACAGUGGUUGCUAUUAAGAAGACGAAAAUCGUCGAUAGGAACCAAAAUGAGCAGUUCAUAAACGAAAUCGCGGUUCUAUCACAAAUUAAUCACAAAAAUGUGGUGCAGCUCUUGGGUUGCUGUCUGGAGAGCGAAGUUCCUUUGCUAGUUUAUGAAUAUGUAACUAAUGGGACGCUUCACCAACACUUACACAAAGUCCAUGCGAACUACACUGGUUGUGUUACUCUCUCAUGGGAAAACCGCUUAAGGAUAGCUUUGGAAGUUGCAGGAGCAUUAGGUUACUUGCACUCUGAAGCUUCCAUACCCAUAAUCCACAGAGACAUCAAGUCAAGUAAUGUACUUCUAGACGAUGAAUACAAAGCAAAGGUUUCAGAUUUCGGUGCUUCAAGGUUAAUUCCCGGGGACCAAGCACAUCUGAGCACAGUAGUUCAAGGUACUUUUGGGUACUUAGACCCUGAAUACAUGCUUUCAAACCAGCUAACAGAGAAAAGCGACGUGUACAGCUUCGGUGUUUUGCUUGUGGAAUUGCUAACAGGUAAAGCAGUAUUUUCUCCAAAAAGGGUUAAAGAGGAAAGAAAUCUGGCAAAUGUUUUUCUUUCUGUGAUGAAAACCAACAGGUUGUUCACUAUUCUCGACGGUAAUAUGGUGAGGUAUGAUAAUGAACGAAUGAGUAGUGUAGAUGUGCGCCAGCAGAUUCAACAAAUGGCUGAACUCGCACAAAAAUGCUUAAGAAUGAAGGGAGAGAACAGACCUACAAUGAAAGACGUAGCAAUGGUGUUACAUGGAUUGAUGGGGAUGUCUUCUAGUUACUCUGGAAGCAUCAUUGAUGAUGAGGACACAAUUACGAACACAGUUAUCUCGUUAGAAUCAGCUGAAUCGUUUUGUUACACAGAGAGCAUAAUGGAGGGACGUUGAUGGAUUAUCCUGCACAUUGAGCAGUAUCAUUAUUCCUAUCUAGCAUUCUAAUUAGAAGUAAUUUUUUUGUCCUGAUUAUAAUAAUGAAUGCUCUUUUAUGAUUAAUCCUUCUUGGAGGUCAUGGUUCACGCCCCACUUCUUGUAAUUUCCCUUCUGAUUUUGUAACACUAUAAAAAACUCAUGGCAAAUUAAAGCAUAAUUUUU